GUGACCAGCGUAGUGACUCAACCUCCCUUCUGUUGCGUUUUGGCUCCGUAUGACUACCUCGAGAUCAAGUUCAUUAAUUUUUGACUACAAAAAACAAUGCAAGCAAAGACCCUGGUACAGAUACCUAAGCCUCCAAUGAUGACUCCCACCACUACCAAGUAUGAAUCGACAGGUUAUAUCAGCAACUGUGUCUAUGGCUGGAAACGAGUAACACAGCUCCUGCACUUGACCAUCACCAAGUCUGUUGUAGCACUUAGUCUAAUAUCUGCACGCAACCCAAAACGAUGCAUAGGCCUCAUCUCCCUGUUGUCGAUCACAUUGAUCACCACAGGUUUGUUUACAAAUUUCAACUUGAACCCUGGUGAUGAGCAUAUCUUUGCCCCUGUCAACUGUCUUCCCCAAGAGCACUUCCAAUGGGUUGAGGACACCUUUCCUGUCUCUCAGCGACCACUCAUCUUGCUUCUACAUGCUGAUGGGCAGAACAUCAUGACUUAUGAAGCUAUGAGACGGGUUUUCCAAGUCACAGACAUGGUACAAGACAUUAGUGGUUACGAUACCAUCUGUGCAGGCAGUGACGGCGACGAUGGCUGCAGCAUCCCUGGUCUCACCAGAUUUUGGGACCACAAUGCAACCUUGUUUGAAGAGCAAACUCAGGGAUCUGAUGAGAUGGUAAUGCAAACUUUAUCCCAAGAUGCUGCAGAUGGAACCCCUUUUCCACAUAGCCUUUUCAUUGGAAAUUUGCGGCGAGAGGCCUUCAUCAGUGAAGAUGGGAAUAACCGCACCCUGAUCACAUUUGCUCAAUCCUUAGUCAGUAUCAUUGAAAUCCCAGACUGGUCCAAUGGGGAAAGCCAAGAGUUUGAGCUGGAAAUGAUCAAUCUGAUGAAACCCAUCAAAGCUGCUUGGGCAGCUCAAGGAGAAGACCAGCCCUACCGUCUCGAGAUCUACACUGGUCGAUCAGUUGCUGAUGAAAUAACCCAAGCUAUUGCAGAUGACAUGCCUUUGAUUCCUUGUGUGUUUGCCAUCAUGGCAGCAUUCACAUGCAUGGUGUUCUGCCACAGAGACAUCAUCCAGUCGAGGGCGUUGAUUGGCAUUGGAUCUGUUGUCACGAUUCUGCUAUCUAUCAUGAGUGGUUUUGGACUUGUCUUUUGCAUUGGGUUGCCUUUCACUAGUAUGACAUCCAUCCUCCCGUUUGCCAUUUUUGGCAUAGGCCUUGACGACACUUUCAUCAUUGUGGGAGCAUACCUCAGAACGGAUCCUGCCAAAGAUCCUGUUGAACGAAUCCGAGAAACCAUGGAAGAAGUAGGAACAAGCAUUUCCAUGACAACCAUCACAACCACUGUGGCAUUUGUAUUGGGGGCAGCAACAUCAAAAAUCCCUAUCAUUCAAUGGAUAUGUCUUUAUGCCUUUCCCACCAUCUGCAUUGAUUUCCUCUAUCAAAUAUCCUUCUUUGUUGCCAUUCUUGUUUUGGAUGAACAGCGAAUCACUGCCAAUCGAAGAGACUGCUGUGUCUGCUUCAGCGCAAAAAGACGCAACAGCAUAGAAGUUGAAGACAAUGAUGAGAUGGAGAAGGAGGUCUCAGGGAAAGCAGCCCCCACCAAAGGACCUCUUGUUGACCAAAUAAUGGAAUGGUACAGCAGUCAUUUACUUCAUCCUUUCACCAAAGCAGUUGUCCUGGUUGUGUUUACCGCCUUGGCGGGUGUAUGCCUUUACAGCACAACUCUGCUCCAACAAGAGUUCAAACCAUCCGACUUCUUGCCUGAAGUGUCCUAUGCUGCCGACUUCUUGGAUGCCUCAGAUUUGUAUACCAACCGCAAGCUGCAAGUCUUGGCAUACUUUAGGGAUGUCAACCAGUCUGACCCCCAAGUUCAACAGCAAAUGAUUGAUUACAUCAACAAUUUAGCUGCUCUUCCUCAAGUUCAAGCUACACCAGAACUCUGCUGGAUCACAGACUUUCAAAAGCUGAUGAAUGGAGACAACCCGGCCUUGGAAGGGUACUCAUCCAUACUUGGCGAAAACAGCACUCUGACAUUCACAGAGAAACUAAAUUUCCUGCUGAGUUUUCCAGAAAUCAAUCAAGCAUAUGGGAAUAGUAUCGUGCAAAAUGAGGAUGGAGAAAUUGUUGCCUCCUCAUGUUGGAUAAGUGUAAAUUAUGUUGACUUGGAAGUGGUUCAAGAGCAGAGCUUUUUUUAUGCUGACCAACAACAAGUUUCAGAGGCACAGCCCAUCAAUCAAGGCGAAGACCGAUUCAAGUUUUUCUCCUUUUUCAACAUCUAUUUCAUCUGGGAAUUCUACACUGUUGUGGUGCACGAGCUUAUACUUACUACAGUUUCAGGAAUUGUGGCAGUUACUGUGCUUGCCUUCAUCUUUAUCCCUCACUGGUCAGCAGCACUCUUUGUACUCCCUGUAAUGUGUAUCCUCUACAUUGACUUAUUGGGGAUGCUGCAGUUUAUUGGGCUCUACAUCAACCCCCUUACCUACCUUUGCCUGGUGAUUUCUGUGGGCCUCUUGGUUGACUUCACCAUGCACAUGCUCCUCUGUUAUUAUGAGUCCACAAAGUCCACACGUGAGGAAAAGGUCAAGGAUACACUGCGAACCAUGGGAUCUUCAAUCUUGGUGGGUGGUCUGUCUACCUGUUUGGGUGUCAUUCCAUUGGCAUUCAGUAGCAGUGGAAUCAUUCAGACUGUCUUUGUCAUGUUCCUUCUCAUGGUUUCCUUGGGUGUGGCACAUGGUUUGGUACUAUUGCCAGUGAUUCUAUCUUAUGUGGGACCGACAGUAUGUAUCAAGCCAGGACACAAAGAUACGGAUACAACAGAAGGUGAUUUGAUGGAUGCUACACUGGAGCAGCCCCCCACAGAAGAUUCAUCACUCCCGCAUGAUGCCGUGCUUCUCACAAAAGGCAAGCCAGACUUCCGAAGGACCCGCUACUUCCAUGAGAGUGGUGGAAGCGGCGAAACUCGGUCGUGUGCAUUCACUUCUGAUGACGACUCUUCGGAGGAAGACGACGAUGGCGACACUGAAGGCGGCAUGUUGGCUUCUUCAUCAUUCCUUGAAGCACCAUACAUCGCCACUCCUCAGGUUUGGCUCGAUGCUUCAUCUAGAACUGAGUAUAGUGUCUAGCUACUACCAAGUGCCUCAGGCCUCCGUCUCCAGUGUCGACCCAUGCAAAGCCAGUGCUAUUUCUUCGAGGCAUGCAAGCGUAUCAAAAUACGACCAUGCCAAAAAAUGUGGACUCACAGCCAUGGCAGCUUCCCUUUAGUAUAGGCCCGUUCUCCACUUCUCUCUCCAUCCUCCCGGGUCCUCCACGGUCAACUGCACUGCGCAGUUACGUAGAGUAAGAGGCCUACCGUAUAGCUUAUCGCCCUAAGCUUGGCCCACUAAUACAUCCUUCCUUUCACCGU